CACACUUCUAGCACCCCCAGCGGGAGAGGAGCUCACCCUUGGCUUUUGAAGCAGCCUUGGACGUCAUAUAGCACCGUUUCUUUCGGGAGGAGAUCCUGGUUUAUUGGAAAUGAGCUUUUUAAUUUCGGUUAUUUCAGAGUAUGCGCUCGAGACGGCGGUGUAAUAGCGCUAGAGCUGUGCUCAUCCGGGCCACUGUGCCGUGACUCCAUUCUUCUUCAUUCACUGAAACUGCCAUAGGAGCUAAAUAGGGAUUCAUUUCUGUGAAAUAGCUAGACACAUGUAUUAUACAUAUUUUUGAUAACCCCACGUCAAGCUGGAACACAAACGGGCAUGUCUAAUCAAGGAGUUAGGAGAAAUGGCCCAGUGAAACUGCGGUUGACAGUGCUGUGUGCGAAGAACUUGUCAAAGAAAGACUUCUUCCUUGUGAAUACAAUCCUCCAUUUUGGCUCCUCCUCCACAGGGCUGCCUGACCCCUUUGCCAAAGUGGUGGUGGACGGCUCGGGGCAAUGCCACUCCACAGACACCGUAAGAAACACGCUGGACCCCAAGUGGAACCAACAUUACGACCUGUACAUUGGGAAGUCUGACUCCAUCACCAUCAGUGUGUGGAACCACAAGAAGAUUCACAAGAAGCAGGGGGCCGGCUUCCUGGGCUGUGUACGCCUUCUCUCCAACGCCAUCAACCGCCUCAAAGACACCGGCUAUCAGAGACUGGACCUGAACAAGCUGGGCCCCAAUGACAAUGACACAGUGAGAGGCCAGAUCGUUGUGAGUCUACAGUCCAGAGACCGUAUCGGCACAGGAGGCCCCGUGGUGGACUGCAGCCGUCUGUUUGAUAAUGAUUUACCUGACGGCUGGGAGGAGCGGAGAACAGCCUCUGGUCGGAUCCAGUACCUUAACCACAUCACACGCACCACGCAAUGGGAGAGGCCCACCCGGCCGGCGUCUGAGUACUCCAGCCCCUCUGGGCGGCCCCUCAGCUGCGUGGUGGAUGAGAACACUCCGGUCAUGACACCCAACGGGGCGGCCAUCGGUGUGCUGCCCAGCAGUGGCAGUGACGCGCGGGUCCAGGAGAGACGUGUCCGCUCCCAGAGACACAGGAACUACAUGAGCAGGACCCACCUCCACACCCCGCCGGACCUGCCCGAGGGAUACGAGCAGAGAACCACACAGCAGGGCCAGGUGUACUUCCUCCACACCCAGACGGGCGUCAGCACAUGGCACGACCCCCGAGUGCCCAGGGAUCUGAGCAACGUCAACUGUGAGGAGCUGGGUCCUCUGCCGCCGGGCUGGGAGAUCCGCAACACGGCAACGGGGCGCGUCUACUUUGUGGACCACAACAACCGAACCACGCAGUUCACCGACCCGCGCCUCUCCGCCAACCUCCACCUGGUCCUCAAUCCAAACCCCCCUGGUCCAAACAGCCCUGGUCCAAACGGUCCUAGUCCAAACGGUUCCCGCGUGGCCAUGGAGAGCCAGAACACUAACCUCAGUAGUCGUCAGUCGAAUCAGUUGAAGGAGCAGCAGCCCCCCCCGCAGGUCCCGGCGUUGUCCCCGGCCCAGCUCCCCGAGGAGGCCGAGUGCCUCACUGUGCCCAAGUACAAGAGGGACCUGGUCCAGAAGCUCAAGAUCCUCCGGCAGGAGCUGUCCAAUCAGCAGCCCCAGGCAGGCCACUGUCGCAUCGAGGUCUGUCGCGAGGAGAUCUUUGAGGAGUCGUACCGCCAGGUGAUGAAGAUGCGUCCCAAGGACCUGUGGAAGAGACUGAUGGUCAAGUUCAGAGGAGAGGAGGGCCUGGACUACGGAGGAGUGGCCAGGGAGUGGCUGUACCUGCUGUCCCAUGAGAUGUUGAACCCCUACUACGGCCUGUUCCAGUACUCCAGAGACGACAUCUACACCCUGCAGAUCAACCCAGACAGCGCCGUCAACCCGGAGCACCUGUCCUACUUCCACUUUGUGGGUCGUAUCAUGGGCAUGGCGGUGUUCCACGGCCACUACAUAGACGGGGGCUUCACCCUGCCCUUCUACAAACAGCUGCUGGGGAAACCCAUCACCCUGGACGACAUGGAGUCAGUGGACCCGGACCUCCACAACAGCCUGGUCUGGAUCCUGGACAACGACAUCACGGGGGUGCUGGACCAUACGUUCUGUGUGGAGCACAAUGCCUACGGCGAGAUCAUCCAGCACGAACUGAAGCCCAACGGCAAGACUGUCUCUGUCUCCGAGGACACCAAGAAGGAGUAUGUCAGGCUGUAUGUGAACUGGCGUUUCCUCCACGGCAUCGAGGCUCAGUUCCUGGCCCUGCAGAAGGGCUUCAACGAGGUCAUCCCCCAGCACCUGCUCAAGUCCUUUGACGAGAAGGAACUAGAGUUGAUAGUGUGUGGCCUGGGGAAGAUCGACAUAGCGGACUGGAAGAGCAACACACGUCUGAAGCACUGCACCACGGACAGCAAUGUGGUCAAGUGGUUCUGGAAGGCCGUGGAGUCCUACGACGAGGAGAGGAGGGCCAGACUGCUGCAGUUUGUUACCGGGUCAUCUAGAGUCCCACUGCAGGGAUUCAAGGCUUUACAAGGUGCCGCGGGGCCCAGGCUCUUCACCAUCCACCAGAUCGAUGCCAACACCAACAAUCUACCCAAAGCCCACACCUGCUUUAACCGGAUUGACGUUCCCGCCUACGAGCACUAUGACAAGCUGUACGACAAGCUGCUGACAGCCAUCGAGGAGACGUGUGGCUUUGCGGUGGAAUGAGUGACACGUGUGUGUGUGUGUGUGUGUGUGUGUGUGUGUGUGUGUGUGUGUGUGUGUGUGUGUGUGUGUGUGUGUGUGUGUGUGUGUGUGUGUGUGUGUGUGUGUGUGUGUGUGUGUGUGUGUGUGUGUGUGUGUGUGUGUAUUUUGUGCGGUCAGCGCAGCAAGAAUAUAGACUGCUGUCACCACGGGAACCCUGCAACGUUCAGGCACGCCCAUGAGGAUUGUGACCACACCCCUUUCUGCUGCCCAGUUCCCCAGGACAGUAUGGAGACCGACUGCAGAAGGACAGACAGACUGAGAGGCAGACCACACGGGAAUCCUCUCCUCUCUCUCUCACUGCAUUCUUUUUUUUUGUCUUUCUUUUAAAAAAAAUAUCACUUCCUUUUUCAGCUGCUACAGAGGAGUGACGAUUACAUACCUUGAAACCCUGUGAGAAUGACAGCUUUUAUUUCGUUUUUUAAGCUUUCUUUUUGUAAUAGCUUGUAUGUAAUUAUAAUGGUGAAAUCCACAGAACAACCAGUUUUGUGUUGGACCGGGAGUUUUUCCUGACCGAAGAAAACUCUGGUCCCUAGUAUGUGCGUUCCGUGAAAGCACUUUAUCUUUAAUUUUUUAGUGGGUCGUCUGGUGCGAUCGAAUGCCAAGGUCCAGACUGCAACGAGAGUAUUUUAGAGAAGUUAUGUUGUCUUUGGCCUUGGGGAGAGAAAUAUGAAGGUCCACACUGAGUAGAUGACUCGGGGGUGUGUUCCUGACCAGGAGAAACUAGGUCUUACUGAUGACCAAUACAGUCUCACACAGCUAACUUCCUGCCACCUCUUGACAUCAAAAGCUAAUAGACAUGCUAACCUGAACACCUAACCCCGUCCAGCUACACAUGGAGUAGACCUGUUGCGCUUUGGUGAAAGUCUGAGUUGAACUUAACGCUAAACAUCAUUAUAUCACACUGUACCUUUAAAUCGCACCAUAGAAAUUCCUUAUCAAACGCUCAAAGUGGGUCAUUGUCUAGUGAGUGGAACUCUGUCCCAGGGACCAGGCUAGUUGAAAGCAAUUCAAGGACGAUGUCAGUGUUUUCAAAAGUGACAUCCAACCUAAGAUGGCAGGAUGUUUUUUCCAGUUGCCACUCUAGAGCACUUUACAAACCGAAUGGCGACAAAGGACGUGCUUUCUUCAUAUUAAGUUCAAAUGAAUAUACCAAGUUAUAUUCCAACCAUACUGCAUUCAAUGGAAAUAUACAGAUAAGAAAGUAUAUCUACCUGUAAUUUUGAGUAUAUAUGUGUACAAAAACAUACCUAUUUUGUAUAUGGCUUGUUCCUCUUUCUAUUCAUGUACAUGCUAGCAUGUUGGUGUUAUCACAGACCUCUGUAUUCUCAGGUGACGUCAUCUUUCUUUGUGAGGCUGACUUGUGGAAGGGGAGAUGAUCUUCUGGUUAUGGAAGCCGUUGUCAGGGCAAACCCGUGACCCUCUCCUUGAAUGCGAGCUGAGUGCAUAACCUUGAACCUUUUGGCCACUAAGAGACUGAGGUUGGGCCCAGAGAGUGCUAGAGUUUAAGUCUAGAAGGGAUACAGCUUUUGUCAAAAUGGACGUUUCGUAGAAGGUUGAGGAGAAUGAACCUAGCAGGUUAUGAGAAUUAGGUCAAGGUUAGGGUUAGCUAAAAUGCAUAGAAAAAUCACCUUUUGACACGCUGUGUACCAUCUAGACAUGACCUUAAUAGAGCCUCUACCACAACCCUUGCAUGAAUGGACUUUUUUUUAAACAAUAUUUAUUUGCUAUUAUUUUGUCCCUUCUGAGCAAAAUGUGUGUUGACAUGAGAAAAAUUCUGUUGAAUGUUUUUUUUAAUGCUGCCUGUUUAAUAGCAGUGGACGUGGACUAUGACCAUGGACUGUAUUCACCUGCGUACAUGCAAAAUAAAAUAGACCCAAUCCAGUGUGAUCAAAGGUAAAGCAGAUUCUCUUCAGAAAGACCAUUAUCAAGUAUCCUAGAAAUUGUGCUUUUGCACAGUAUAAGAUCUUGUUCAUGUGGUGGAUCACAAGCAACCUUUUAAUUUGACAGAAAAUGAAUAAAAUGCAUUAAAAAAAAAAAACAUUUUUUUGCACACAGACUUGUGUUGCCGUUAUAAUCAGCAACUUCCAUCUAUUUACAAAAUAGUUAAUGGACUGAUUGACUUUUUAUGUAAAUAUAUACUCGUGUAGAUAUGCACACAGAGCUCAUGUCCAGUGCGCGCACACAGUACUGUUUUCUGCUAUCUACGUCUAACAUAAUUGACUUUCACUCAGUUUCUAGAUCAUAGAUCAGACCAUAUGGACUGUUGCUUCUCGUAGCAUGCUUUGCCAGCCGAGCCCUGCGACAUUUAGUCGCCGACCGGUGCAAUUUCUCACAUGGUGUAAAACCCACUUUAUUCUGUGUGUAUGUAAGUAUUGUGUGUGUAAAUUAGUUUUCUUUUUGCUAAAUUUUUGUCUGAAAUUUUAACAUUUUUAUUUCUCAUUUCAGUCUUUUGUAUUUAUUACAGUGUGUUCAUAGUUUUUUCACAUCAGCUGCUCUGUGAGCUUCAACUGACACUGUAAAUAAGAAAAAUAAAAGCGGAAAUUAUAAACCUCUUGUACCCUUGCAGAAAACAAGCAAUAAACUCUAUGCUGUUUGGAGCUCACAGCAUAAUGUUUCAUAGAAUAAA